AUGUCCUCAAAAGAAUCACGAAGACGUUCAAAUAGAAAAUCAAACCGCAAACAAAAAUAGUAUGAAUUCUAAAAUCGAUAAUCUUGUAGUUCUUCUAUUACUUCCUCGGUAGUGACUGAUGAUGAGUCUAAUGGAAGCUCUUCAAGUGAUGAUGACUAGCAUUAUAAAUACAGGAGGGGAGAAUGUAUUAAAGAAUAUAAGGUCAGGAGACAUAUAUUUGAUGUUACUUUUGGAAGGGUCUUAAAGGUUAGGAGGAGACAUAUGCCAUGAAAGUAGUCAGACGUAA